AUGCCGACCGUUGAAGCAACCCCCGUUACGUCUGAGUCCGGUCUCAUCAAGAUGGAAGACCGGAAGAGACCUGCUGGCCACGACCAAAGUGAUGUCACGCCUCCGUUGAAAAAACAGGCAACUUCCAUCAACGGAAACAAGCCUCAUCCGGACGCGGACAUGCCGUGGAAGGACGAUUUGGACCGCUUUACCAAAGAUGCUAUAUGGCGUCAAAUGCAAGAAUUCAAGCGGGAAAAGGUUACACUGGAAACCAAGGUCAAAGAAAUGACGAAAACAGCCACUUUCCAUCAAGAUCACCUUCGAAUAAUAGAUGCAUGGUUCAAGCAGUUGAUCGAUGAAGUCAAGAUACUGGUUAGCGAUUCGGAUAUACAAGCCAAAGAUCAUCCGCCCUUUCGCACUUCGCUAUUGUUUGACGAUGAUGACAAGUUCAAAAAGCAUCUAAAAGAUCGGUCCGACGACAUAAAGGAGACGAUUUCUAGGUUGAUUUCUACUUCACCAAAGGCGACUGCGGAAGUUUCAGAACUGCAGAGCAAACUGGCAAAGAAGUUGGCCGAAGAGAAAGUUUCGAUAACCGAACUCGAAAAAGCCUUAUCGGAAAGACAGCAAUUUGAAGAGCAAUUAGAAGAGGCAUCUCUUCGUUAUAUGAUGGCCGAAAAGAAGCUAGAUCGAGCAAGGAGCUUGACGGUUGCCAAGCUCGAAAAACAAUAUCUUCUCGGUGCCCAACGCCCUGGCGGUGAUGGUUCAUCCUCUGUAGGUCGUGAAGAAAGCUCGCCAGUCAAUGGUUCUGGUCCUGCCCCCGAAAAGAACACAGGCUUAGAAGAAACCUACAACAAGGCAAUGGCCGUUUCGCAGAAACAACGAGAACAGCUGGAGGUCCUUGAAGCCGAAAAUGCGAAACUGACGAGCCAGGUCACUUCCCUAACGGUUAAGAACUCGAGACUUACGGACGACGAUUAUGCCAACACUGCCCUCUUCAAACAGUUCAAAUCCCAGCACGAAGACGUCAUUAAGCGCAUCAACCACCUUGAAGCAUUAAAUGUUCAGCUGAGGCAGGAAGCAGAGAAGCUUCAGGCGGAGCGAACUGCUUACCGAAACCAGAUGGAUGCCGAAAAGCAAAAAGAAGUGGAAGAAAAGGAUGCCCAGUUGCAAAAAGCCGAAACAGACCUCGCAAGAAUCAGAAAUGCUCGAGAUGAACUCCUUGCCGAUCAGCAAAUGAGAAAGGCCGCGCAGGACCAAGAAAGAACGGCCGUGGAGAAAGUUCGAGAGCUGGCCGCUGCAAGAGAGGCACAGAUAACAGCGCUAGAAUCGGAGUUGGAAAGGUCGCGAAUCCAGGUCGACGCUUCAAAGGAGUCUUCCGCGGAAGAAUUACCAAUAGAGGAAUUGCGCGCAAAAUAUCAAAGCCUUGAACGCCAAUAUUCACUUCUCAACACGGAACUCACUUCUAUGCAAACUGUAUGCAAGAAGUAUUCGACUCUAGCCAUGCAGAAGACAACGGACUUCAGCGCUUUGGAAGAGAAGACUCAACGAUUAGUGGCAGAAAAGGCCAAGGCUGACCAGAAGUACUUUGCUGCUAUGAAAAGUAAAGAAGCUCGAGAUGCUGAGGUGCGCACUUUGAGGCUACAGAACUCUAAGAGUUCCGACAUCAUCUCCCAACUCAAAGAUGCAGAGUCUGCUACUCGUCAGCUUGUGAUGAACUUGGAAAAGCAACUUUCGGAGAGAAAAGAGGCCCUAAACUCGGUUUCAACCAAGUACCGUGCUUUACAGCAGCAAGGUAACGAAAGCAGCAUCAUUGUUGAAGGCCUUAAAGCACAAGUCGCGGAACUCAAGACCAUGGCAACAACCAAGGACUCUUCGCUAUCCAACGCCACAUCGGCUUGUAGAAAAGCCGAAACCGAAAUUGAGAGUCUGAAAUCGUCCCUCGCCGACACAACGAAGAGUCUCGAAAACUGGAAAACAAAGUCUCUUGGUAACUCCUCUUCGGAGUACGAAAUGCUGAGGAGUCUUGCACUUUGCACCGUGUGUCGACGGAACUUCAAAGACACAAAGAACGACAGGUUUCGCGGUCCCGGAAGUGUCCAAAUUGCAACAAAUCGUUCGGAAGCAAUGAUCAUAUGCAUAUCACGCUUUGAGUGA